UGUUAGAGAAGAAGAAGUGAGGGUUUGUUGACAUUAUCCACCAAAAUCAGGUCGUCUAUUGGGACUGCUUCCAUUGCUCUCCCUGGAAAUUAUUAAAGGAACACUAAUUCUGCCCGAAAAAGCCUUUUAUUAUUGUUAAACAACAGUUGGCUAGGGAAAGCUUGUGCAAUAUAAUUGUCAGAAGCUUUUGUGCACGCGAUCAAGCGCGUGCUUCGAAACACGAGUAAUACGGUUACAGAAGCUCCUUCAAAUCUUAAUAAGUGAGAGAGCACCUAGAAACACCUUUCGUAGGAUUGGCUCAUCUCGAAAAUAUAAAACUCUAUAGGCCAAAGUGUAAGUGUAUUCAGAAGAAAUAUUUAAAUACUUAUCUUGAAAAAUUGCCUGAGCUGGUAGGAAGACAGUGACACGGAGAACGUCGAAGGAAGAUUAAAUGUGCUAUGAAGUAAGUUUUGCUGAGAUAUUCGUUUCUCCUUCCCUAUUUUAUUCAAACGAAAAUGAGCGACGAAUCAACACAGGAGUCUCAAAAACCAAACGGGUCUCCCAAUCCACCUUUCAAAGGAUCUGGUAAAACCCAGCAGAAAUCUCUUUGCAGAAUAAUACUUAUCAGAGCAUGGAUGGUGACUGCAAUAUUUUUAUUUGCUACAGGAAUGAUCUUACUUAUUUUCGGAGCAAUUUACUGGAAGAAAAACAUAGGUAUGUUUCUAGGAGGCGCUCUAUGUCUAGUUUUAGCAGUGCCUGUCACGGCAUUUUAUCUCUGGUGUACUCAUUGUUAUGGUGAUAGUCAAAAAAUUCCACAACACAUAGAAAGCAGGCAGCCAUCAAUCGAAAAGGAAGUAUCAACUGUUGGAUCUCCUGGUCUAUACAAACAGAACUUCACAGAGCCAAAGACUGAUGUCCCUGUGGAACCGCUUGUUACCAUGACGCCCAUCAUGUCAUCUCCAAAAUCUGGUGAAAAUGAACAACGUUUGAGAGAUGCUAGCACUUCACGUGAGCCAGGAAGCAAUAAAAGUAGUGUUACAUCAACUCCUGACAUUCUAAGUCGAAGAUUUCUGUUGAACAAAAUUAAUUUUGCACCGCUGGCCAGUGCCGAAACUCUUACCCCGUCGCUGAGGUCAUCUUUCGCAAGUAUAAGUACCGCUAUCUAGUGUGUAACAAACAAAUCCUUAGUUACUUUUACUCCUCGCCUAAAUUAAUGUGUAAAAAAUAGUAUUAUCAUUAUGUUUAUUGAUAUAAUAGUAAUGGGGACUACAAACGUUUUAUCCAACUGUCAGGGUUUACAUAUGGUGAAUAAGUUAAGAAAUGAAAAGUUUAAAUACAGGCAAAAACAUACUAAACAGCAACCUCGCGAUAGCUUAGCGUUAAUCAUGAGAACUUGAAACGAUAAAACUAGAGGUUCGAUCCCUGUGGUAGACACAGCACAGAUAGCCCACCGUGCAUAUUUGUGCUUAAUUACAAAUAAACAGCAGUUGUCGAAACUUAUGCUUAUCUAAUCACUUCUGUAUUCCUUUAUAGUGUGCAGUGUUGUAAUGUAUAUUUCUUCUUCUUUUCAUUUUGCCCACCAGUGGCACAGCGGUAUGUCUGCAGACUUACAACGCUA